UCGCCACGGAAGACAAGCGCCGCCUGUCUCAACAUAUAUAGCGACGCAACGCAACCCAGCCAAGCGGAGGAACAACAAACACAAAGCUUCAUCAGGAUCGAUCCUCUCGUCUUGUCCAACUCCGGUGCCGGCGGUUGAAGGCCCCCGGACUGAAUUGUGUCUUCUCCAUCAAACAAGGUCUCAACAUGUUCAUCGUAGAAGACAAAGGCAGUGCCAUUGCUCUCAUGUGUGCCGCCCUCCUCUUCUUGGGCACAUGGCCAGCAUUGCUCACCCUGUUGGAGCGCAGGGGACGGCUACCGCAGCACACGUACCUUGAUUACUCAAUCACCAACCUCCUCGCCGCAGUCCUCAUUGCGCUCACCUUGGGCCAGCUUGGGGAGAGCAAGCAAAACAUGCCCAAUUUCUUCACCCAACUCACUCAGGAUAACUGGCCUUCGGUGCUGUUUGCAAUGGCAGGGGGUCUUGUGCUCAGUAUUGGGAACCUUUCUACACAGUAUGCUUGGGCAUAUGUGGGUCUCUCAGUUACUGAGGUUAUAUGUGCAAGUAUGGUUGUUGUAAUAGGCACAACACUGAAUUAUUUCCUGGACAACCGCAUCAACAGGGCAGAUAUUCUUUUACCGAAAAAGGCUUUCGCCCCGCUUUAUAGAUAAAGCACACCGCCACAAAACACACAACCCCAACAGGUUCAGACACACACACCCAAGUAGCACAACAAAGUCAUAAGGUACUGCUGAGGGCACAGCUCAACAAGCCCAAAGAAACAGAAAAGGAAACCGGGC